AAACCAGACCAGUGCCGAAGCUUCUUCACUAAAUAUCCGCUCUUUACCACCAGUUUACCGACGUCGGUUCAAAUAUGGUUUUAGGUUCUUCUUCUUCUUCUACACUCUCUUCAGCGCGCCUAACCUCCCUCUCUUUCCCUUCCAAAAUAUCCAUCAAAACCUCAAAAAAACCGCUUCAUUUGCAAACGCCUUCGUAUCGGUGGUUCCGCCUUAAGGCCUCAGCCACCAACUCUCCCCCAAAAGCCCGUUUCGUCGCGCGUCGAAAGGAGUCCGUUUUGAUUCGGCAGCUGAACCGCCCUCUCAUUGAGUAUAUGAGCUUACCAGCAAGCCAAUACUCAGUGCUCGACGCAGAAAGGAUAGAGAGGGUAGAUGAUAAUACAUUUAGGUGUUAUGUGUAUAGGUUUAAGUUUUUCAAUUUCGAGGUUUGCCCUGUUUUGCUUGUAAGAGUUGAAGAACAGCCUAAUGGUUGCUGUAUUAAGCUCUUGUCUUGUAAGCUGGAGGGUUCGCCCAUCGUGGUUGCUCAGAAUGAUAAGUUUGAUGCUUCUAUGGUCAAUCGAAUAUCUUGUGACACCAGCGGAAAGGACUCAUCAGUACAAGAGCUUACAUCGGAUGCAGUUAUCGAGGUUAACAUCGAGGUUCCUUUUGCAUUUAGACCAUUUCCAUUGGGAAUGAUUGAAUCAAGUGGGACCCAAAUCCUUGAACAAAUACUCGGGUUGAUGCUGCCCCGUUUUAUGGCUCAGCUUGUUAAAGACUACCGAGCAUGGGCUUCUGGUGAUGCCUCAAGGCAACCACUUGGAACCGGAGAGAUUUGAAAUCACGCGGUUAAACUCUCUUUGAAAUUGUCAUCUUAGAUACACCAAUUUAAGAAU